AUGCCAAUUGAAAUCAAAACACCAGCAGAUCAUCACAAACAUAAAGAAGAUGCAGAAGAGUUAUGCAGUAUGAUGUAUAGAGCUCCUGAAUUAUUUAAUUGUGAAAUUGGUUCAACAUUGACGACAGCUGUUGAUGUUUGGGCUCUCGGUGUGUGUCUUUAUGAAUUCAUGUACCUUGAGAAUCCAUUCAAUAAAACUUACGAACAAGGAGGAAGUAUUGCCUUGGCGACCCAAAGUCCUCACAUGAUUAAAUGGAUUUCAGAAAAAUCUGUGAGCCAGAAAACAAUCGAACUUAUCAAAUCAAUACUGAUAGUGGAUCCUGAGAAGAGACCAACCAUUGGAGAAUUACGAAUCAAAGUUAUUGAAUUAUUGGAUAAUUGGAACAAAUCAGAUUCUGAACCCUCGGAAAUAGGAUUGAUAGAUCCCGAGAAAACUGAAAAUGAACAAAGAGAAAUAACUGAUGAAGAGUUCGAUUUGGCGAUGAGGCAAACUAAUUGA